AAAAUUGUCUUUAUCUACAAACUGCAUUGAAAAAAUUGCCAACUUAAAUGGGCUAAAAAACUUGCGGAUAUUGUCAUUGGGAAGGAACAACAUAAAAAAUCUGAAUGGGCUGGAAGCAGUUGGGGAUACAUUAGAGGAGUUGUGGAUCUCAUACAACUUGGUUGAGAAGUUGAAAGGUCUCCAUGUGAUGAAGAAGCUGAAGAUUCUCUACAUGUCCAAUAAUCUGGUGAAAGAUUGGGCAGAGUUUGUGAGGUUGGCAGAGUUGCCGUUACUGGAGGACCUGGUGUUUGUGGGCAAUCCACUGGAAGAGAAAUACUCUGCUGAUUCACAGAGCGCCUGGGUUGAGGAGGCAACCAAGCGAGUGCCCAAACUGAAGAAACUCGAUGGUAUCCCGGUUAUAAAACAGGAAGAAGGUGAAGAAGGAGAAAACUAGCAUCUUUUCUUUCACAUUAAAUUAUUGAUGUAUCUCCAGCACUGUAUAGGAUGUGAUGCUUUUGUAUGAAUAUGUCUUUAAAGA